UAUUGUUACGCACGACGUAAACGUAUUUCUGUUUUAAAGGAAGAAAUUCUGAUUUAACAUUAAUAAUAUUUGAAAGAAUGGAAAGAGUUCAAGUUCGUCCAGUUGACGAAAUUGUUGAGGAGAAUUAUGUGACUUGUCCUAGCGAAUUCCGCCCGAUUGGACGUGGUUGUGAUUAUACGAAUAAUUUAGCCAAGAUAAAUAACAAACUUAAUUGCAUUUGUUAUCGUAAUAAAUCGAGAUUUGUCUUGUGCAGAAAUUGUGGACAUAUUAUGAAUGGACGAAAGAGACUAACUUGCCCUGAUCAUCCACGAAUUGCUUUUCUCAUGGAUCAUCAGAUCUGCUUAAGAUGCAAAGUGGGUGAAUUUAUGUUGAAAGAAAUUGAUGGCAGUCGACAAGGUUUUGUUGCCCCAGCAUCAAAAAUUGAGAAGAAGACUGCGCUCACUUUUGAAAUUAAUAAUAAUAAAAUAUAAUUUUAAAUUAAAGUAAAAAUGCCAUCAAUUUUUCCGACUGGCAAAUAAUACCAAAGUUUCAUUAU